CUUUAUGAUUCCCUGGCGUUCAAAUAUAAACGCCUUGAUAAAGGAUAUAUGUGACAUAUAAGAAAAACACAUUUUAGACCAUUAAGUAUUUUGUUUGAUAUAAUUAAAUCACUAUGAAAAUAAAUGUUAUUGUUCUUUUCCUUUCUGUAGUUGGGUACAGUUGCGCUAACCCACACAAGCGAAUAGUUGGUGGUGAACCUGUUACUAAUGGGGCAUAUCCUUACCAGGCGUCCCUUCAGAGGUUUGGUUCUGGGGGGUUCGCUCAUUCGUGUGGAGUGGUGAUCAUCAACAGUGAAUGGGUUCUCACAGCGGCCCAUUGUACAGUUGGCUCAACAACCGGCGACUUCCGGAUUCUUGCAGGUGUUGAUGUGAUCACAGACAACAAUGGGCAACUUGUCACUGUUAGGGGAAUACACGAGCACCCAGACUUUGUUAAUGACCCUUCAAUGGGCUACCCAAAUGACAUCAGUCUUUUGCAAAUUUCUCCUCUGACGCUGAACGCGGCAGUUGGAGUUAUCCCUCUGGCUUCUGGGAUAACGAACUUUGUUGGUAGCACUUGUACUAUGACUGGAUGGGGUGUUACGGAGAGUGGGUGGGAAUCAGAGAGACUCAGGGAGGCAUCCGAUAUCGUCCUGUCCGGUAUGGACUGCGAUGCGAUUUGGCUCAAUCAAGCGAUCGACGAUGAAUACCACGUAUGUGUUGGAUUAGGAGACAGAGGACCAUGCCAGGGUGAUGAUGGUGGGCCUUUGGUGUGUAGUGAGAAUAAUUUUGUCCUGGCUGGAUUAGCUUCAUGGGGCCACGUUAGUUGUGCUGAUUAUCCGUUUGUAUACACCAGAGUCAGCACAUACAGAGCCUGGGUAUGCAGCGUAUCUGGAGUGUGCUGAACGAAAUAAAAAUGUAUUAAAUGAAAUACAAAUACUCGACCUUGUGUUUAUCUCACAUAUUUCACACAUAUAGCAGUUGAAAAUGUCAUGUCAAUUAAUUAAGAAAUAAUUCAAUCACCAAAUAUAAUAUAUGAUAUGUAAUUUGAAACGACCAUUGGUGAUAUAUCCUAUUAAAUGUUACUAUCUAAG